GGCAGGUUUGGUCAUACUUUGCUGGGAAACGUGAAGGGAUUUCUUCUCAGUCACGCGUAUACUCAUCUGGACUACUGACUUCUGGCCACCAGAGUUAGUUACUGCUCCACUAUACACACAACGAUUUUCCAACUGGACGGACCUUUCCAAAUCAGGUUGGCAAUUCCAUUCAGCACGAGGACCUUCUCUAUGUACCUACUCUUCUAGACACUCACAAUCACGUCACCCGAUCAACUGGUCCUGAUCCUGCCCUUGGAGUUCAUGUCUCAGCAGCCUGGUUACUAGCCAGCUUUCGCAACGGCAUGCUGGCAGAAGUAAUGCUAUCAUCAGCCGCCUCGGUCUAUCCGACUCAGCAAGGCGGGCCUCAGAUCUCGGAAGAGGCGGACGGGUAUCUCGUUGCCGAAGAGCACGUCAAACUCUAUCUCUCUUAUUCAACCUCCUCGCACCCCGUUUACGCGGCGGUCGGCCCAGACGGCACUUCCGAGUUUCUACCAUACUUUUCUGUGAGCGACCGUUUUCGCCAAUACUCACUCGUGACCAUCGCGAGGAAUUCUCAAGAAGAUCGCCAACGGUUGCACUUCGCUACGACGAGCCAAGGGCGGCGUAUGAGGCAACGCUUUGUCUCAGUGAAGCGGGGACACUUCAAGGACAAUCCGCUCGUACGCGCGAAGCAGGUUGCCCGAGCGAGGCUGGCACUGUUGGCAGUCGCUCCCGUUGUCCGUUUCCGGCUUGAGUCACCAAGAGCUACAAUCUAAGCAGUUACAACCAGUAGACAUCUGUCUUAGAUGCGAAGACAUGCUGGAGAAGGUUAACCUGCCUCCUGUCUCGGUAAGCCCGGUACGUUUGCUGUGUACAACCACCUCUCUCGAGUAUCAAGGCAGUGUGCCGUUGGACUAGUCGUCGCUUUGCAGCCUGGCCAGGCGACCACCGGCCUUCGAAUAAAAACAAACCAACCUCUCGC